AUGCACGAUGUGGAUGGUCGCGAUCGUGUGGUCGCCUCUGCAAGCAAGUUGAUAACGGGUCUCAGAAAAAUUGGAUCAGGAAGCAAGACGACUAUCCAAAUUAAGUGCUGGGGUAUAGUGUGGGCUACGCGGAAGUUCCGCUACUACUCGGACAAGCACGAAUUCGACUUGUAUGCGGACCACAAGGUCGUGGCGACAUUGUCGCAUAACAGCCCCGAACCGGACGACUCGUGGCACCGGUCAUAA